CCCCCGGCCCCCCGGCCCCCCCUCGGCCGGGCAGCCCCCAAUCCCGCGCCGCCCGGACCCCCUCCUCCUCCCUCCCUCUUCCCUCCGCCCCCUCCCUGCGGGACUCCGGCGUCCCCGCCCCCCAGUCCUCCUCCCCUCCCCUCCAGCAUGGUGCUCGCGGCCCCGCUGCUGCUGGGCUUCCUGCUCCUCGCCCUGGAGCUGCGGCCCCGGGGGGAGGCGGCCGAGGGCCCCGUGGCGGCGGCGGCGGCGGCGGCGGCGGCGGCGGCCGGGGCCGGGGGGGAGCGUUCCAGUCGGCCGGCCCCGUCCGUGGCGCCCGAGCCGGACGGCUGCCCCGUGUGCGUGUGGCGGCAGCAUAGCCGUGAGCUGCGCCUGGAGAGCAUCAAGUCGCAAAUCCUAAGCAAACUGCGGCUCAAGGAGGCGCCCAACAUCAGCCGCGAGGUGGUGAAGCAGCUGCUGCCCAAGGCGCCGCCGCUGCAGCAGAUCCUGGACCUGCAUGACUUCCAGGGCGACGCGCUGCAGCCCGAGGACUUCCUGGAGGAAGACGAGUACCACGCCACCACCGAGACCGUCAUUAGCAUGGCCCAGGAGACGGAUCCUGCAGUGCAGACAGAUGGCAGUCCUCUCUGUUGCCAUUUCCACUUCAGCCCCAAGGUGAUGUUCACAAAGAUUGAGCUGCACUCGCGCUCCGGCCACUGGCAGAGCAUCGACUUCAAGCAAGUGCUACACAGCUGGUUCCGCCAGCCACAGAGCAACUGGGGCAUCGAGAUCAACGCCUUUGAUCCCAGUGGCACAGACCUGGCUGUCACCUCUCUGGGGCCAGGAGCUGAGGGGCUGCAUCCUUUCAUGGAGCUUCGAGUCCUAGAGAACACAAAACGGUCCCGGCGGAACCUAGGCCUGGAUUGUGAUGAGCAUUCAAGUGAGUCCCGCUGCUGCAGAUAUCCCCUCACAGUGGACUUUGAGGCUUUUGGUUGGGACUGGAUCAUCGCACCUAAGCGCUACAAGGCCAACUACUGCUCCGGCCAGUGCGAGUACAUGUUCAUGCAAAAGUAUCCGCAUACUCAUUUGGUGCAACAGGCCAAUCCAAGAGGCUCUGCUGGGCCCUGCUGCACCCCUACCAAGAUGUCCCCAAUCAACAUGCUCUACUUCAAUGACAAACAGCAGAUUAUCUACGGCAAGAUCCCUGGCAUGGUGGUGGAUCGUUGUGGCUGCUCCUAAGGUGGGGGACAGUGGAUGCCUUCCCCACAGACCCUACCCUGAGACCCCAGCCCUGGCCCCCAACUCCCCAAGCCCUAGAGCUCCCUCCACCUCUUUCCAUGAACAUCACACCUUGUUCCCUGACCAAGCAGUGUGCAAUACAACAGAGGGAGGCAGGUGGGGGUUGAGGGACAAGGGGUUGGGGAAGCAGGAAAGAAGGGACAUGGUUAGGGUGGAGUGUUUGAGGUUUGCAGGUAAGAAGGUUUGGCAAGAAGACAGAGAGAUGUAGAGACAGAGGUAGAGACAGAGGGAUAAAGACAGAGGAACAAACAGAGCAGCACUGAGAAGGCAAAGGAAUAGAGAGGCAGAAGAGACAAGACUAGGCAGAGACAAACAAUGAGAAAGAGACGGAAAUGGAGUAAUAAAUGAAAGCCCCACACCAAACCUCCUUUCUUCCACUGGCAAGGUGAGGGGCUUGGUAUAGUUUGGGGAGAUCCCCUGACUACCCAGUAGGAGAGGAAAUCAAAAUCCAUUCUUAGCAUCUUCCCUCUCUCCCUCCAACAAUAGCCAGGGGGAGGGAAGCGAGGGCAGGGGCAGAAGUAAGGAUUUGGGAAUUUUAUUUAUUUAUUUAUUGUGACUUUUUUUUUUUUUUUUCCUUUUUCUUUUUGGGUACUUGGCUUUACUGGAAUGGGAGGGCCCCUGCCCAAUAUGUCCCUUAUGCCCAAACCCUGCUCUUCCCCAACACCCACCCACUUAAGCACUUGUAUAAAACCUUCAGGGUUGGGAAUGGGAGUAAGGGCAAGAGGGCUGAUAUAUGUGUUUCUAACCCAUAAGCACCCUAACUAACCUUGAGCCAAAUGGGUUGAACUGAGUGGCCAUGGAAAUAGUAAGAGGUUAGGAUUUAAGAGCUGGGAUGGGGAGAGGAAGUCCUCAACAUCCAGGAUCUAUAAGAGAGCCACUAAGCUAACCCUCAGGCCCACCUUCUUCAAGGUAUUGAUUUAUUUAGUCAGAAGGUACAGCCUGUUUAUGCCCAAAUUACCCUCAGCCGAGAGAGACCAAAGAGCCUGUGGAAUGCCCCUGCUCCCAGCCUCUAUCUUCAGGUCAAUAAAAAUGAGAUCCCAGAGUCCCCCAGGUCUGGGAAAGAUUAGGAAGGGUCAACAAAGGAGUAGUAAAGAGGCUGAAGGUUACAGGGCAUUUGAAUCCAAAUCACUGCUCUGGGCUAGGGAAUAGAGUCUGUAGACCAAGGUGGAAGGGAUUCUGGAGGGGGGAUAUUGUAGUCCCCCACCCCCAAAGCUCAGGGUGGAAGGAGGGAGAACAAGGAAGCAGAGUGUCUAUAAUUUUUAUCUUUUAUUUUUGAAGUAUAGCAGUACCUGGAAGCAGGGAGGGGACAGUUCAGUGGGGAAUGGCAUCUGAUAAGGCCAUUUAACAGUAAAGGAUGGGAAGGAAGGAGAUUCCCUUGUUUGGAAAGGCAAGGAAGCAGGCAGAAACUCGUUGCCACUUCAAGUCACUAGCUGGGCCAAUUCAUUCCUCCCACAAUCCUGACUCACUCUCCUCUGGACUCACUGUGCCUCAGUUUCUUCCCCUCGAUGGAAUGAGAAAUGGCAGCACCCGCCACAGCCAAGAGAUGAAUUCUGAGCACUUACCACGGGCACUUUAUGGACAUAAAAUACCUCUCGCUGUGGGACAAGAUAACCAGGGCACCAGAGUAGUGGUGAAGAUAUGUGAGGCUUAGAGGAGUCACAGGCUUCAGAGAGUACAAGUUCCCCUGCCUCUCAGAUGGACAGUGCUUGAAGCCAAGGAGUUGGGAAUCUCCACACCCUAUCCAUACCUCACCAGCAGACCUCUUGGCUCUAGGCAAGAGCCUAAGGAUGUCAGGAAGCGGGAGGGGAUGGGGGGGAGGGGAGAGAGACCUACAGCAAAAUUGUACUCUUAAGUAGAGCCAUCAGUUAUGGUCUGGCAGAAACAGUACUGAAUUGAAGUAAAGCCCAAGCCGGAUAGCAGACCUGGAAGGCUUGUUCUUCCUGAGCGCAUGUCUCUCCUGCUUGGAUCAGACCAUUGAAGGGGCAAAGGUAUGGUGACCACCCUUGGGAAGGUGAUGCUGGUGAAAUUUAGCAUCUUACUUCUAUCUCAUAGUGAGAAAUGAGAAGGUGUUUCAGGAGAGGAAUGGGCAGGGACCCUUAAGCUUUUCAACUCACCUUCCAUAUAGCAGCUACGUUAACCCCAAGUCUCUCCUCUCUGGCCCUAUUCAUCCUUCUGCCCCAGUCUUGAAAAACAAGAUAUACCUGACCAUUCACAUUUCCUUGGUGGAAGGAGAGGAGCAGAAAGAAGAAUAGCACAUGCUUCCCUACAAGGUCAAAUACCUCUUGAUCUUGAACAGGGUGGGGACUGGGCAAUAAACAUUAGGUAACUUCCCUCUACAAAAUCUAGACAGCUGGGGCAUUAAACAUGGGGAUACUUAAAAAAACUACCCCUUUAAUACCACCAAAUAAAGACCUUUGCAGGGUCAGGAAAGGGGUCAUUUGUCUAACGAAUAUAAAUCUGAGCUGAAGUUUCAGUCCCCCGUUCUUCCCUAUCCCCAAAGAGGCAUGGGAUAAAAAAGCUUGGGGACACAACCCAGCAACACAGUGGGGGCUGGCACCUUUCCCCCACCUUAUGUGUGGACCUGGCCAGUCCCCUCUGAACAUAUCAUUAUUGGUGUAAUUAUUUACUUUGUGUAUUUGUUACAUCGUGUGUGUGAUUGCCUUUGUUUGUUAAGGGUGUCUGAGGAGUAUGGGGCUGAAAGGAAUGCCAGGAAAGGACUUCUUCACUGAGAUCAAGGCUUCCUGGAGGGAACCACUGCAAAAAGGCCAUCAGGUAGUUUUCAAGUUAUGUGACAAGAGGGCAAAGAUGGCCAUAGGGUGCUCUGAGUUUUGGGAUGGUCACAUGACACAAUCCAGCACUUGAACCUGAAAAAAGAAAAAUAAAAGCAGUCAAAGAGUUUAGAAAUCAGUGCCAAGCUCUUCUCCCUGAUCAAGCGCCACAUUUACAUCUUGGAGACCAGGAAUUGAAGAGGAUCUAAGAGAGGAAAACUUUUGCUCUAGAACUAAGAAGAUGGGGUCCUUGGAGCAAAAGAAAAAACACUUAAGGAGCUGGGUGUGUAGUGCACACUUGUAACCCCAGCAUCACAGGAGGCGGAGGCUAAAAGAUCACAAGUUUGAGGCCAGCCUCAGCAACUUAGCAAGACCUACCUCAAAAUAAAAAAAUAAAAAGGAUUGGGGAUGUGGCUCAGUGGUAGAAUACCCUUGGGUUCAAUCCCUGUACUUUAAACAACAACAAAACACUUAGUGCUUGGGGAUAAGGGUUGAGACAUGCAAUUCAAGGGAGUUGGACAGAGGCUGGGAAAGGAAGGGUUUUCUUUCUGAAGAGCUUGAUUCAAAACAGUCCCAGAUUACAAAGCUCUCCCAGCCUCCAUAGAACAGAAAAAUCUGAAGUUCUGAGACAAUCCAGCUAAUGUCUGCUAUUCUACAGUCCCUGAUCUUAGGUUUCCUCAACAGUUUCACCAAAAUCCAUGAAACAAACUGACAGGCAUUUACUUUGCAUAACAAAAGUGAGUAAGCAUUUCAAAUAUUCUUUGAGUCCACUGUACCAAGAAGUCCCAUAUACCUAGAGGGGAAUUCCCAGGAUGUUAAAAGUUGGGGGUAGCAAAACUCUUCCCUGACAUAUCAAAUAACAACAUAAGGAUAGCUCCUGUGACACCACCAUGAUCCAGAACGAGGAGCAGGGAUACUAAGGGUUCAAUGUGCCACCAGCUUUCCCUGCUUUGUCCAUUCCACCAGCAUGACCCCAACUCAUACCAACUAUAAAACAGACUGGGACUGGGUAAGUAAUAGAGUGUCAUGCACUGCAUCCUCCCUUUAAGGAACUGCUUUAUCCACAGUUUUAUUCCUAGCUUUUGGCCUAAGUCAAAAUGGGUUUUCUCCCCCUACUACUCAUUUGUUUCCCAAAUUGAAAGGAAAUACAAAAGGAAUUGUAAGAUGAGUUUUAAAUCAUUUCUCCUUUUCCCAAAACACUCUCCAAGAGCAUUAGUAUCUAUCCUAUCAUUUGCUUUUGCUCAGUUUAGGAUGUGUGGGGCAUACCCCAAACUAAGAAAUAGCAAGCACUGUAGCAUUUAAGUCUCUGGUAUAUAGUGUGACAGAUACAGGAAAGUCAAUGCCCUGGGUGACAAUGUCAGCUUUCCUAACCAUGAGCUGAAGAUUAAGAGAACAACUAGAACUCUUCCCAUCUUCCAAGUCUCCAAACCCCCAAAUACAACUGCAUAAGCACAUGUAUGUAUAUAUAUGCAGGCCCAAACUCAUCCACCAUUCCCUAUCUAGAAUUUGUAAAAAAAUGUUCUAAAUUUUGAUUUUACCCUUGUAAAAUUAAGAGCUAAUAUUUUUCAAUGAUUAUUAAGCAAACUAUAGUAAACAAAUUGUGCUGAGUUCACAAUAUGAUAGUAUCACUUAAUUUUCAUAGUAACCUUCACAACAGAGUUCCUACUGAUAUAAAGUCUGAAGAGAGUCACAAAAUGAUUAAGUAAUUUGCCCAGGGUCACAGAGCUACUGUGACAGACUAAGGGAUUAAAACUAAAUAGUUACUAUACAUAUUACACUCUAAUCUAUUAAUAGUGAUAUGAGAGAGAACAAAAUAUGGGGACAAUAGUGAGGAAAGAGAUGACAAACUCAGGAACACCUUGGGUUCAAAGGGUCUGCAAAGGCAUGAAACCUGUCACUUACAAUUCCUUUGGAGGAAAAAACAAGAGUCGAAACAGCAAGAGAAAGGGAGGUUAGAAUGUAGGGGGGAAUUUUAAUAAUCAGAAGCAGAAUUGCCUGUCAGGCCUCACAUGAGAACAGAGAAGCAAGGUACAAUGAUGCGCACCUGUAAUCCCAGCUACUCAGGAAGGUGAGUCUGAAGGGGAUCACAAAUUCGAGGCCUGGGCAACUCAGACCCUAUCUCAAAAUUUUGGGGGCUAGGGAUGUAGCUCAGUGGUAGAGUGCCCCUCCUGGGUUCAAUCCUCAAUACUGGGGGCGGAAGGGAGACUCUCUUUUAUUUAUCUAAAUUCCUCCCUACCUCCUCAUCUGUUUCUCAUGUUAU